UGCAACGAUGCCGUAGACAGAGACACUUAUGCAGAAGUCGUUUGUGGGAUGACAGAGAAAGGGAUUGUUUGGAGGAGCUUCCAGAGUUGUGCGGCAGCAGGAAUGGGCGUGACUACAGUUAGCACAUAUUUUAGAAAUGGUUGCAAGGAUUUGGUGAUAAAGUCUUUACCAGACGUAGCUAAAGCUAAACACCUAGCGUGCAAAAUCCUGGAGAAAAUGGCCAACGAAUGUGUCAGUCUGUACGGGGCGAAUGUCUCGGAUUGGCGGGUUGAAACCGGAUGCACUCUGACCACGACCCCUUUAACCACGCCCAAGACAGCCACACCUACGCUUAUUAGUACUACCAUAAAAGCUUUGUCUACCGCUAAACCAAGUGUGCCUCAGUCGCCCAGGCUUCCACCGCCCUGUGACUUUGACAGCGGUGCACAGUUCUGUGGGUGGUCGCAGGACGAGAGAGAAAGCCAGAAAUGGAUUCUUAACUCUGGACCAACGCCAUCAAUACUCUCAGGACCCUACGGAGACGCCAGUUCCAAAGGAAGUGGUACGUACGUCAUGAUUAUCUAA